UGACCCAGAUGGGCGGAAGCGGAAGUGGAAGUGCCCUCCUGCAGCCCGCACUAGGCGGGUGUCCGCUCCGCGCUGGCCAGCCACCUCCUGCACUGGCCAUGGACUGCUACACCGCGAACUGGAACCCGCUCGGGGACUCUGCCUUUUACCGGAAAUAUGAGCUGUAUAGCAUGGACUGGGACCUGAAGGAGGAACUCAGGGACUGCCUGGUGGCUGCUGCACCCUAUGGGGGCCCCAUUGCACUGCUGAGGAACCCCUGGCGGAAGGAGAAGGCUGCCAGCGUGCGGCCGGUGCUCGAGAUCUACUCGGCUUCUGGCAUGCCUCUGGCCAGUCUGAUGUGGAAGAGCGGGCCCGUGGUGUCCCUGGGCUGGUCGGCCGAGGAGGAGCUGCUCUGCGUGCAGGAGGACGGCGUCGUGCUGGUGUACGGGCUUCAUGGUGACUUCCGGAGACACUUCAGCAUGGGCAACGAGGUGCUCCAGAACCGGGUUCUAGAUGCCCGCAUCUUCCAUACCGAGCUUGGUUCUGGGGUGGCCAUCCUCACAGGGGCCCACCGCUUCACCCUCAGCGCCAACGUGAGCGACCUCAAACUCCGCCGGAUGCCAGAGGUGCCAGGUCUGCAGAGUGCACCCUCAUGCUGGACCACGCUGUGCCGGGACCGAGUGGCACACAUUCUUCUGGCCGUGGGACCUGAUCUUUACCUCCUGGACCAUGCGACCUGCUCCCCAGUGACACUCCCCGGCCUGGCCCCAGGAGUGAGCAGCUUCCUGCAGAUGGCUGUCUCCUUCACCAGCCGGCAUCUGGCACUCUUCACAGACACAGGCUACAUCUGGAUGGGCACGGCAUCCUUCAAGGAGAAGCUGUGUGAGUUCAACUGCAACAUCCGGGCCCCCCCGAAACAGAUGGUCUGGUGCAGCCGUCCUCGCAGCAAGGAGAGGGCUGUUGUGGUGGCCUGGGAGAGGCGGCUCAUGGUGGUGGGUGACACACCUGAGAGCAUCCAGUUUGUGCUGGACGAGGACUCCUACCUGGUGCCUGAGCUGGAUGGAGUCCGCAUCUUCUCCCGCACCACCCAUGAGUUCUUGCACGAGGUUCCAGUGGCCAGUGAGGAGAUCUUUAAAAUCGCCUCGAUGGCCCCCGGAGCGCUGCUGCUGGAGGCCCAGAAGGAGUAUGAGAAAGAGAGCCAGAAGGCGGAUGAGUACCUGCGGGAGAUCCAGGAGCUGGGGCAGCUGCCCCAGGCCGUGCAGCAGUGCAUCGAGGCUGCAGGACAUGAGCACUGGCCAGACAUGCAGAAGAGUCUGCUCAGGGCGGCCUCCUUCGGAAAGUGUUUCCUGGACAGGUUUCCACCCGACAGCUUCGUGCGCAUGUGUCAGGAUCUUCGUAUACUCAAUGCCAUCCGGGACUAUCACAUCGGGAUCCCCCUUACCUAUAGCCAAUACAAGCAACUCACCAUCCAGGUGCUGCUGGACAGGCUUGUAUUGCGGAGGCUUUACCCCCUGGCCAUUCAGAUAUGUGAGUACCUGCGGCUUCCUGAGGUGCAGGGCGUCAGCAGGAUCCUGGCCCACUGGGCCUGCUACAAGGUACAACAGAAGGAUGUGUCUGAUGAGGAUGUUGCUCGGGCCAUUAACCAAAAGCUGGGAGACACGCCUGGCGUCUCUUACUCUGACAUUGCUGCACGAGCCUAUGGCUGUGGCCGCACGGAGCUGGCUAUCAAGCUGCUGGAGUAUGAGCCACGCUCUGGGGAGCAGGUACCCCUUCUCCUAAAGAUGAAGAGGAGCAAACUGGCACUAAGCAAGGCCAUCGAGAGCGGGGACACUGACCUGGGUGAGCAGGGUCUGGGUGAGGGCAGGGUUGGGGUCCCUGGGCUGAGCACGGGGCAGGACUGGACCCCCCCCCCCCACAUCUCACUUUAUCUUUCCAUAGUGUUCACGGUGCUGCUGCACCUGAAGAAUGAGCUGAACCGAGGAGACUUUUUCAUGACACUUAGGAAUCAGCCCAUGGCCCUGAGUUUAUACCGACAGUUCUGUAAACAUCAGGAGUUGGAGACACUGAAGGACCUUUAUAACCAGGAUGACAACCACCAGGAGCUGGGCAGCUUCCACAUCCGAGCCAGCUACACGGCAGAGGAGCAUAUCGAGGGGCGAGUUGCAGCUCUGCAGAAGGCAGCCGAAGCCUUCAACAAGGCCAAGAACGACUUUGCAGCCAAGGCCACAGAGGAUCAAAUGCGGCUCCUGCGACUGCAGCGAUGUCUAGAAGACGAGCUAGGGGGCCGGUUCUUAGACCUGUCUGUACACGACACAGUCACCACCCUCAUCCUUGGCGGCCACAACAAGCGUGCAGAGCAGGUGGCACGUGACUUCCGCAUCCCUGACAAGAGGCUCUGGUGGCUGAAGCUAACCGCCCUGGCAGAUCUGGAAGACUGGGAGGAGCUAGAGAAAUUUUCUAAGAGCAAGAAAUCCCCCAUCGGCUACCUGCCCUUUGUGGAAAUCUGCAUGAAGCAACACAACAAAUAUGAGGCCAAGAAGUACGCCUCCCGCGUGGGUCCUGAGCAGAAGGUCAAGGCCUUGCUUCUGGUUGGGGAUGUGGCUCAGGCUGCAGACGUGGCCAUCGAGCACCGGAACGAGGCAGAGAUGAGCCUCGUGUUGUCCCACUGCACCGGAGCCACAGAUGGGGCCACGGUGGACAAGAUUCAGCGGGCCCGGGCACAAGCCCAAAAGAAGUGAGGAGCCCACCUGCUCGUCUCCCCAAGCCCUGAUCCUGGCAGAAAUGUCUCUGCUCAUCUAGCUCCGACCCCAGAGCAAAGCUGAAGAGCUGGGGUGGGAGCCAGUUCUGAUUGUAAAUAAAGUUGGAAUAUUUGA